UACUAAUACCAUUAAUCAUUCCAUCGAGUGUUUAUAUAAUAUUAUAACUAUAUAACUAAAGUUAAAAUAACAUGGUACACGCAUAUUCAUACGUAGAACCUGAGGGAGGAGAUAGCUAAUAUACAAAAUAAUUAUUUUAUUAUUAUGAAAUACUGGAAAAAGUUGAAAGAUUCACUGGGCGACGUCCUUCACACGCUGUGAGAUAAAUAAUUUGAACCGCAUACAAAAAAGAAAAUCGAUACUACUGGGCCGGGUUUCUUGGAAUUGCCAUUAAUUAAAAAAAAAAACACCAACAUGCGACAAUGCUUUAUUUCAGCUGGUUUAUUUGGAGCCAGACAUGUACAACUGAUGCUCAUGUUUGGAGCAACAAUCUCGUCGUUCGGAAUGAGAGCCGUACUAAAUGUGGCUAUCGUCGCGAUUAUAAGCCCACAUACGAGAGAAGAUGCAGAAUUCGCUACAUACCCGGAAUGGUCGGAGAAGAAGAACAUAAUCCUGUCUUCCUUCUUCUGGGGCUACAUUUGUUUCCAAGUGUUCGCCAGCCAACUGGCGAAAAACCUAGGAGUGAAAGUGAUUUUCGCGAUCGCUAUGAGCAUAGCUUCGAUUUUCACGAUUUUGGUCCCGUUCUUUGGAGAGGAAUUAGGUUAUGGAGGCGUCAUGGCGUGCAGGGUUAUCCAGGGCGCCGGCCAAGGGUUUCUGCUACCGUGUCUGCACACGCUGUUGAGUAACUGGGCGCCUAUUGCGGAACGAGCCAAGUUUGGAGGAUUGGUAUAUGCAGGUCAAGCUUUGGGCACCGUCGUGGCCAUGCCUGUGACAGGAGCGAUAGCAGAUACAAGACUAGGUUGGCCUGUCAGCUUCUACUUGUACGGAGGUUUGGGUAUUGUCUGGGUUCUCUGUUGGAUCGCGUUUGGUCACAACACUCCGGCAGAUGAUAAAAAUAUUUCUACGGCUGAAAGGAAGUGGAUAGAAUAUGGAUUGGUGCAGGAAGAUGAUGUUGGUCAAAAACACCCGACACCAUGGAAAUCUAUUUUUACUUCGGUGCCUUUCUACGCAAUUUUAGCUGCCCACUGUGGUCAAAAUUGGGGUUUUUGGACAUUGCUGACCGAAACUCCAACAUAUAUGGAAAAGAUACUGAAAUUUAGCAUAACGAAGAACAGCUUGUUAUGCGCCUUGCCGUAUUUCGUGUGUUGGGCGUUAAAUCUUGUUAUGAGCCCGAUAGCAGAUAUGUUGAUCGAUAAGAGAUAUGUCAGCUUGAUUGUAAGCAGGAAGAUAUUCAACAGCAUCGGUUUUUUCGUGCCCGCGUUGGCACUGGUCGGAAUGACAUUCGUCGGCAGUUCAAACAGUCAGCUGGCCGUCGGCAUCUUGGUGAUCGCCGUCGGUUUCAACGCCGGCCAAUUUUCCGGCUUCAACUUGAACCACAUCGAUAUUUCGCCGACUUACGCCGGAACGCUCAUCAGCUUGACGAACACUUGCGGCACAGCCUUCUCGAUCUGCGCUCCUUUAUCUGUCGACCUUGUCAAAGCUCUCACCGGUUACGAAGAGGACCAAGAAGAAUUGUGGAAGUUCAUAUUCUACAUAGCAGCAGGUUUCUACCUAAUCACCGGUAUAAUAUUCAACUUGUUAGCCAGCGGCGACGUUCAGCCUUGGGACAAAUCGGAUCCGACCACAAAAGCAAGGAGGAGCAUCCAAAAGAAAAUGUCUGUGAUUUCUGUCAAAUACGAUUAAUCUACGACUGUUUAUACAUUUGGCAUCGCUUUUCAAGAAAUUUGUAUAUACCUAGUAUAAAGCUUAUAAUAC